CUCAAGUUCUUCAGACAACAAGUACAGUCGGUUUAACCGCGAACAGAGCACGCAGCGAAGGAAUCAAGUCCGCCCCAGCGGCACCAAGUCUUAUCAAACGAAUUUCCAGCUGAAGGAUUCCAUUCUAUAAUGGAUAGGAUUGACAGUGUAAUGAAACAGGAGUUUGUCAGUGUCUGGGUCCAGGAUCCACAGUUCCACAAAGAUGACUUCUGGCACACGCACAUCGACUACGAGAUCUGUUUACAUACCAAUAGCAUGUGUUUUAGGAAGAAGACGUCCUGUGUGCGUAGGCAGUACAGUGAGUUUGUUUGGCUCCGGCAGCGUCUGCAGGACAAUGCUAUGCUCAUAGAGUUGCCCAAAUUACCUCCCUGGAAUCCGUUCUUCAGUCUGAACAACCCCUAUCAGGUCAACCAGCGGAUGAAGGGCCUACAGGAGUUUCUAGAGACUGUGCUCCAGGACCCCCUGCUGCUGUCUGACAGUAGAGUGCACCUGUUCCUCCAAUCCCAGCUCAGCGUGACCAAGAUGGAGGCGUGUGUCUCGGGCCAGACACGCUACACAGUGGCCCAGGCCAUCCAGAUGUGUAGCGACUGCCACCGCACACGCUUCCCCGUAGAGAAGAGCCGCAAGGAGUACUGCGACUCCAACUGCGACAGCACCACAUCAUCCGUUCUAGGCCACAGCCUUGACUCGGGGGUCCCCCAGAGCUCCAGCCCCCUACCUUGUGACAGCAGCACUUGUGAAAACUGUGAUGGAAGCCUAACCAUCAGGGACAGAGGAUUUUUCAGCAGAGAAUCCUCUUGUGACCAGGAACACACAGAGCCCUGACGCAUGCACAAAGUGGCUGUUUCACAGACAAAUAUUCAGCCUAGUCCUGCACCAAAAUGAUGCUAAAUGAUUGAAAGUGCUUUUUAGUUCAGGACUAAGUGUAGUCUUUGUCCGGGAAGCCGCCCCAAAGACUCUGUUUGCUGCUGUUCCAGGUGCGCUUCUCAGACCUCUGAAGAUGAGGCGGAGUAGUAAGGCCUUUUUACGUGGUUCUCCGCUGGCAUUCUCUGUGUCCCCUAUCGGUCUUUUAAAAUGUCUGAACUAUAUGUUUUCUUAAAGGAUAUAUGUUAUUAUAUUGAUACACCUACUAUUGUGGACUGACUGGUGUUGCUAGUGAACAAGGCACUUGAACAAGUCUCUUCUCCAAAACGUAGCAUUGUCUUAAUGCAGUAUCUCAGUCUUAAACUCUAACUUGUGCCUCACAUGUUAAAAAAAAAAAAAGAAAAAAAAUGAUAUCACUUAACCUGCAAUGAUACUGGGAAAGAUUCUUAAAUUAUGAAUUAUACUUUGUUUAUUUUUUUAUUUGCGCUAUUAAACUGUGUUCUAAGGAGUGUGUUGUAUAGGCUCGUUUAAAAAAAAAAAGAUUUCUAAAAGAUUUUUAAAUGAGUAUUCCAAGUAUCAAUAAAUAUUGUUUUUUGAAGAACUAACUUGAUAAUUGUUUGACUUUCGGAGCCGGUGUCAUUGUCUAUGUCCUUUGUGAAUUCCUGGAAUGUUCAGCAAAUCAUUUUGGUUUAAAUGUGCUUUGGUUUGUUGUCUCUUCUGCCAAAAAAUAGUCUCCUUUUCAUUAUGUUUAAGGUUAUCCAUGGGCUUUCCUUCAAUAUUAAGUUCUGUAGAUACUUUAGGUCAUGUGUAUGUGGACACCUGCUCGUCGAACAUCUCAUUACAAAAUCAUGGGCAUUAAUAUGGAGUUGGUCCCCCCCUUUGCUGCUAGAACAGCCUCCACUCUUCUGGGAAGGCUUUCCACUAGAAGUUGGAACAUUGCUGCGGGGACUGGCUUCCAUUCAGCCACGAGCCUUAGUGAGGCCGGGCACUGAUGUUGGGCGAUUAGGCCUGGCUUGCAGUCGGCGUUACAAUUCAUCCCUAAAGUGUUCGAUGUAGUUGAGGUCAGGGCUCUGUGCAGGCCAGUCAAGUUCUUCCACACUGAGCUCGACAAACCACUUCUGCAUGGACCUCGUUUUGUGCACGGGAGCAUUGUCAUGCUGAAACAGGAAACGGCGUUCACCAAACGGAAUCGUCUAGAAUGUGAUUGAAUGCUGUAGCAUUAAGAAUUCCCUUCACUGAAACUAAGGGGCUUAGCCCCAACCAUGAAAAACAGCCCCAGACCAUUAUUCAUCCUCCACCAAACUUUAAAGGUGGUUCUAUGCAUUGGGGCAGAUAGCGUCUGACAGACUAUUUUUACACACUUCAGCACUCGGCGAUCCCGUUCUGUGAGCUUGAUACAAUCCUGUCUCUGAGCUCUACGGGCAAUUCCUUCGACCUCAUGGCUUGGUUUUUGCUCUGACACUGUCAACUGUGGGACCUUAUAAAUAGACAGGUGUGUGCCUUUCCAAAUCAUUCCCAAUCAAUUUAAUUUACAUCAGUAGGAUCUGAAUACUUUUGUAAAUAAGGUAUUUCUGUUAUUUAUACAUUUGCAAACAUUUCUAAAAACCUGUUUUUGCUUUGUCAUUUUUGCUUUGUCAUUAAACCAAAGCACAUUUAAACCAAAAUGACUUGCUGAACAUUGCAGAUUGAGGGUAAAAAAAAACAGAUUAAAUUAAUUUGAGUAAGGCUGUAACAAAAUAUGGAAUAAGUCACGAGGUCUGCAUACUUUCCGAAUACUGUGUGUGUGUGUGUAUCAUACAGUACCAGUCAAAAGUUUGGAUACACCUACUCAUUCAAUGAGUUUUCUUUCUUUUUACUAUUUUCUAAAUUGUAGAAUAAUAGUGAAGACAAACUAUGAAAUGACACAUGGACUCAUGUAGUAACCAAAAAAGUGUUAAACAAAUCAAAAUAUAUUAUAUAUAAAAUGAUUCUUCAAAGUAGCCUUGAUGACAGCUUUGCACACGCUUGGCAUUCUCUCAACCUGCUUCACCUGGAAUGCUUUUCCAACAGUCUCAAAGGAGUUCCCACAUAUGCUGAGCACUUGUUGGCUGCUUUUUGUUCACUCUGCGGUCCGACUCAUCCCAAACCAUCUCAAUUGGGUUGAGGUCGGGUUAUUGUUGAGGCCAGGUCAUCUGAUGCAGCACUCAUCACUCUCCUCCUUGGUCAUAUAGCCCUAACACAGCCUGGAGGUGUGUUGGGUCAUUGUCCUGUUGAAAAACAAAUGAUAGUCCCACUAAGUGCAAACCAGAUGGGAUGGUGUAUCGCUGCAGAAUGCUGUGGUAGCAAUGCUGGUUAAGUGUGCCUUGUUCUAAAUAAAUCACUGACAGUGUCACCAGCAAAGCACCAUCACACCACCUCCUCCAUGCUUCACGGUGGGAACCACACAUGCGGAGAUCAUCUCACAAAGACACGGCGGUUGGAACCAAAAAUCUCAAAUUUGGACUCAGCAGACCAAAGGACAGAUUUCCACCGGUCUAAUGUCCAUUGUUCUUAUUUCUUGGCCCAAGCAAGUCUCUUCUUUUUGUUGGUGACCUUUUAGUAGUGGUUUCUUUGCAGCAGUUCGACCAUGAAGGCUUGAUUCACACGGUCUCUGAGCAGUUGAUGUUGAGAUGUGUCUGUUACUUGAACUCUGUGAAACAUUUAUUUGGGCUGGGAUUUCUGAGGCUGUUAACACUAAUGAACUUAUCCUCUGCAGCAGAGGUAACUCUGGGUCUUCCAUUCCUGUGGCGGUCCUCAUUAGAGCCAGUUUCAUCAUUGUGCUUGAUGGUUUUUGCGACUGAACUUGAAGAAACUUUCAAAGUUCUUAAUUUUCUGGAUUGACCAUAUCUUAAAGUAAUGAUGGACUGUUGUUUUUCUUUGCUUAUUUGAGCUGUUCUUGCCAUAAUAUGGACUUAGCCUUAUUUGGUAAAAUACCAUCUUCUGUAUACCACCCCUACCUUGUCACAACACAACUGAUUGGCUCAAACACAUUAAUAAGGAAAGAAAUUCCACAAAUUAACUUUUAAGACUGUGAAAGCUGUCAUCAAGGCAAAGGGUGGCUACUUUAAGUUGUUGUUUAACACUUUUUUUGGUUACUACAUGAUUCUAUAUGUGAUAUUUCUUUUCUUUGAUGUCUUUACUAUUAUUAUACAAUGUAGAAAAUAGUAAAAAAUAAAGAAAAACCAUUGAAUGAG